AUGGGUCCAAAGAAACCAGAAAUAGAGUACAUUCAUCUGCGCCGUAUCUUUGAGCUACGCAAGGCAAAAGACCCUCCUCAAGAAUACACCGAGGCCUACGAGUGCCUGCGCAAACUUGCACAGGGUGCCAUGAAGAAAGGACCCUUCACUGUCACCAAUGGCAAAACUGCUCCACAUAUUGCUGCCAGUGGUGACCCACGCGAUUUCUUGAGUUAUGCACCAUACUGGUGGCCGGAAGAAAAAAAUGGCAAAGUAAACUACGUUCGUCGCGACGGCAAGCGUAAUCCUGAUUGCAAACUAGUGCAGGACCAAUCCCAACUGGAGGGUCUUGCAGAAAAUUUAACGUAUCUUUGCCUGGGGUAUUACCUACUGGGUAAGCCUGAAUACGGCAACCACGCUGUGUCUCUGAUCGAUGCAUUUUUUGUCAAUGAUAAGACAAAGAUGAAUCCCCAUGUCGAAUAUGGCCAAGUAGUCCGAGGUGCCAACAAUCCUACUGGCAAGGGACGCGCAGAAGGCAUCAUAAGCACUCGCUUCUUGGCUAGAGUCGUUAACGUGCUGCCACUGCUACAAGAUCACGAGGCAUACACUGCUGUUUCGCAACCUGUCCGAGCAUGGUUCUCGGACUACUUGCGCUGGCUUUUGGAAAGCUCAAUCGGUAAAAAGGAGGCUGCAACGAAGAACAAUCACUACACGUUUUAUCUAGUGCAGACCACCUCUAUCCAGCAAUUCCUCCAGCCUGAAAAUCGCGACGGUGUACGCAGCAUCGAAAAUUACUUCAACGUGACACUCCCAAAACAAGUUGAUCCAAACACUGGAAACCAGCCAUUGGAAGCCAAUCGGACCAAACCCUUCCACUACCUCGAGUUUAAUCUACAUGCCGCUUUGUUCCUUGGAGAAUUGGCCAUAGACGCUGGUUGCAACGUGUACAGUCAUCACCAGCUGAUCCCUUUAGCGACGACUUAUAUGGUGGGCUGUUGCAAACCAGACAUGAAGGAAGAUAUGACAGAAGGGGUGCGCACUGUUGAAAUUGUCAAGAGCCGUUAUGGGGAUACCAACGACAGCUGCUACACAAAUUUUCUUGAAAAUGCCCGCAGAUGCAAAGAUGCUGAAAACCUCAGCGGUCCUAAGCAUGCUAUCGCUCGACUGUGGUUUUACCACGAAAACGGCCAACAAUGUUCACCGAGCACCAGUAGUAGCAGUAGCAGUAGCAGUAGCAGUAAUGGCAGCCACCAUCAUAAAGGUAGUCGGACGAAAGCCUUUUUGAAUAAGCUGCUCCAUAGGAACAAGUAA